AUGGUACCGCUCGCGCGCCUCGCCGACCCCAAGAUGCUGGCGCUUUCAAACCUGGAAUACGACAGCCCAGCCACUGUGCUGUUCCAGCGCGCCAGCGUGUCGGCCACAGGCCUUGUGCUGGCAGCUGCAGCGUGGUAUGCGACGCGAGGGCCCGAGGGCAGCAAGCCGAGGGCGCAGCUGCUGUUCUUUCUGCUGGUGGCAAACUCCGGCCUGUUGCUGGUCGACCACAUUCACUUUCAAUACAAUGGAAUCCUCCUUGGUAUCAUGGUCUGGUCCCUGCUUCUGGCGCAGGAGCGCCGCUACGUGGCCAGCGGCAUCCUAUUUGCAGUGCUCCUGAAUAUGAAGCACCUUUUCGCCUACAUGGCCCCGGCGUACUUCGUUUUCCUGCUGCGCAACCACUGCCUCGGCGGCGAGGCGGGCGCACCGCCGCUGCAGACGUUUGUCGCGCGGCUUUCAGCGCUCGGCGCAGCAGUGGUGGCGGUGUUUGCGGCGUCUCUGGGGCCGUUCAUCGCGACGGGGCAGCUGCCGCAGCUCCUGUCGCGCCUGUUCCCGUUCGGCCGCGGCCUGUGCCACGCGUACUGGGCGCCCAACGCCUGGGCCCUCUACAGCUUCGGUGACAAGGUGCUGGCCGCGCUGCUGGCCAAGGCGGGCCUCAUGGAGAAGCCAGUGGCACACAUGGCGGGCGGCAUCGUUGGGACUGCGAAGUUUGCAGUGCUGCCACAGUGA